AAGCUGUCAGCCGAAGCAUUCUCGUUCCGAACGUCAAGGUGUGCGGAUGUGAAAAGAAGUUACUGCGACUAGUGUGAUCAAAAACUAUUCAGUUGAAAAUAAACUUAUAAUUGGAACUAUUGAAAAGCGAAAAUAAUAUUGAUUUGACUAAAUUGCUUGCUGUGAAACCGUACAUUGAAGCUAUCGUACAAUUUCGUUCACAUCUGUGGCACAAACAUAGCUGUUUUCGUGUCUAUUGUACGUGGUGUGUGAAAAAGAAAUUGUGUGUUACCCCCGUUGAGUGUGUAUGCGUGUGUAGGAUAAAUCAAGUGAAAGAGGGGCUUUAUUAUUGUUUUCACCCUAAAUUGUUUGCCCGGCAUCAUUCGCGGACACGAUUAUUAUUUCCGUUUUGUUUCCUACUUCUACGCGGUAACAUCCCCCCAAAAGCACGCGUUCUGAGUUGGGUUACAUCACCGCGUAGUUCGCGGCACGGCGCUGUGCAUUUUCGCCACAAGGCGGACGGCAACGUGAGCCUGGAAUAGGGCUAAUAGGACCCGGGCUAGAACGGCGGUGGGGUUGGCUGUAAUAAUUGGCACAUCCUUAUCAGCAUAAGUGAAAGCAUUACAAAGGAAACACAAAUGAUUGGAUUCGUUUCGUCACGAGAGUAAGAAAAGCAGAAGUUUUGUCCGUGUGUGUGUGUGCGUGAAAUUCCAUAGAAACGAACCUGGUGACUGUGUGCGUGUGUGAAGUUUUCAGUAAAAAAAAACACUGAAAAAUAAGAAACAUUGUGCAGAUACAUUUUUCUUACUUCUUGAUCGUGUAAAGAUAAGAAAUAGGAGGCCUUCGGAGGCAAAUCUUCACAACAAAAGUCAUCGCCGAUAAAUUAUGUCACAGCGUGACAGGGAAUCCUUCAUUCACUUAUUCGCCGGAGGUAUCGCUGGUACUGCUGGCGCCGUAGUGACAUGUCCAUUAGAGGUGGUAAAAACACGUCUGCAAAGUUCGUCGUCAUCGUUUAUCCAUGCGGCCACCACCACUAGACAUCCGCUCGUUACCGAUGGAGGGAAAUUGACCGAUCAUCAUCAUCACGUACGUCACGUGUCCGCCGUCAAUAACGCAUCCUCAGCAUCCGAUCGGCAUCACAGCACGGCCCGCCAUCAUCAGUCCCGAGUAUGCGCUAGCACGAUCCUGACCCGUCGUCGUCCUUCGAUACUGGCCAUUCCGCAAUGUGGUUUGUCUACCUCGGUACAAUCGAUUAGUAUCUGGCAAUGUUUGAAGCAUAUCGUCCAAACCGAAGGAUCACGGGCCCUGUUCAAGGGUCUCGGCCCGAAUAUCGUCGGUGUGGCUCCUUCUCGGGCAAUCUACUUCUGCGCAUAUUCUAAGACAAAGAAUACACUGAACACUGUUGGAAUUAUUCCGGCCAAUUCCCCCUUGGUGCACAUUCUGAGCGCAUCUUGUGCCGGAUUCGUUUCGUCCACGGCUACCAAUCCGAUAUGGUUCAUCAAGACGCGAAUGCAGCUGGACAGCAAUGCCAACGGUCGGAUGACGGUAGGUGAGUGCGUACGGCGCAUUUACGAAUCGCAGGGAGUCCGUGGAUUCUACAAGGGCAUCACCGCCAGCUAUGUCGGCAUCUCGGAGACCGUGAUCCACUUCGUCAUCUACGAGGCUCUGAAAAAGAAACUGCUCGAGCUACGUCAGUCAUCCCCGGCUGCUAAAGCCAUUUCGGCCGGAGACUCUUCAGCUGGACGUGAAGGUGGUAAAACGUCACGCGACUUUCUGGAAUUCAUGGCGGCCGGUGCUACAUCCAAGACGAUCGCAUCGGUGGUGGCGUACCCACACGAAGUCGCUCGCACACGGCUUCGCGAAGAGGGCAACAAGUACCGUAAUUUCUGGCAGACGCUGCUUACCGUGUGGAAAGAGGAAGGCAAAGCCGGCCUCUACCGCGGUCUUGGUACCCAGCUGGUACGACAGAUUCCGAAUACCGCGAUCAUGAUGGCUACGUAUGAAGCUGUCGUGUACGUGUUGACGAACCCGGCCAGUGCCAGUCUGUUGCCAACCGGCGCGGGUAACUGAGAUCGGGCUGCCGCUGGGCUUCAGGCGCCGCUCGAGGGGGAAAUGUUACGAGACGCAACCGUCGUUGGUGACUUUCUGUUGCAAGAGGAUGAUGCCUUACCGCCACCAUCGUUGGCCUUGCUGUCGACUGCUUUGGCUACACUGGUGGAGAGCACACGCAACAUCAGCAGUACAACAGCCACCGAUGAACAACAAAACCCCAUCGUUGAGGCGCCAAGCACGGCCGUAGAAGAGGAAACGGUGGGCACCGUUAGCCCUGCAUUGAUUGUGCAUUGUAUUUGUGAUUUCUUCGUGGAUCUGUAAGGUCUAGGGAAGGGAUGAUAUUACUGUGGUUUUUGAUAGUAUGUAAGUUUUGCCGAUAAAACGAGUAGAUUUUAGCGAUGGGAGGGACGAAACAUAUAACUAACUACAGAGUAUGGUUAGAAUGAGUAUUUAUGCAAUUUAAGGACCCGCCACUCAUUGGCGUUGAGAAAGCUCAGACGGAAGCGCAGGAAAGGCACACGAAGAACGCAACAUGAGGGAAGCUAUAUUCCUGCACAAAGAAGUAAACCGGAUAAUAGGGAAUAGAUUCACAGGAGCGAAAAGGGUUCACCCUUCUCUGGUGGCACCUUUUUUUGUCCUACAUAGACUGAUUGUUCGUAUGAUGCAAGCAUAUGCUGGAAACGGAAUCAAAGAAAUCAUAGCUGAUUGGUUUUACGUUAAAUUUGUAUGUUUAUUGUUUUGUUUAAAUAUUUCACAUUACGUUCCGUUAGUAGAAGGUAUAUGUCCUUUCGUUGAUACGAAUGCGGUUUAUUUUUCUUGAUCAUAGUUUCUUCCGUUAUAGCCGUAGUGUGUUAACUGCGUAGGAACGAGUUAGUUCUAUUAAUGGUAGCAUUAUAUUUGUUUUAUUUCCAUACAAGAACCCUAAAAACGAUAAGGAUGUUUUCCUUUCUUUCGUACUGUUUAUUUUCCCGGUUUUAACACUUGACAAAACAAACGGUAUGAAAGGAUAAGGAGAAUUGUUUUCUGAAGCGAGGGAGUUCAGGGAAAAUUAUAUUAAUUUUUUGUCGAAACUCAAUCCCGCUUCAUUAGCGACUAUAGAAACGAGUGGUGAAAAAAGCAUUCAACACAAAGAGGAAGAAUGCUUAACACCAGCAAAAAAUUCCAAACGAACAACGCACAUCUACCGUUUUUGUUACGCAUGCAUCGGUGUCAAUGUUGCAGUGGUUAUGGCUAAAGGGACAGGUUUUUCUUUUUGCUAUGAUAGAGGCAGACAAUAGCUGUAGAGAAAUAAAGCUGAAUCUUCCAUUUGUGCAAUGGGACGGAAAAGGUUAAUCUUAUUUGCCAUUUAGAACAAUUAUGUUAAUUGGGCAGGAUUUGGUGCGAAAUAAUUGGUAAUUGCUAGAGAGAGAGGUACUCUGUGAGACAAACAAGCAGCACAAACAGUCAAAAUAAGUACAAAUAGGCUUUGUUUUUUUUGUACCACACCGUUUGUAGUAAUAGGUGCGAAUGUCUGUUCACGGACGUGCACAGCAACAGCAACAGGACAAAUAAUGUAUUUACUCUAGUAGCCCCUCUUCAGCUCUGUAGUUUGAGGAAGCCAAACAACAACAGCGCGGGGUCACACCAUUAGUCGAAAAUACCAAAAUGAGUCAUGCGUUGUGUCGUAUGAUGAAUGUUAAAAUCCUAUCAAGUGCAACGAAUAUUCGCUCGCCAUUGGAAUGAUGUUAUUCAGUGUGUCAGUUUGGAGACGGAAAAAAACUGUCGACAUCCGCCGUGUUCGUUCAUGGGCGUCUGAUUGGCGUCAGAAAAGGCGGCUAGCAGCCUUAGGAAAAUUGCACAUUAAUGCGCAUUGGUCGGCUUUGCGUUGUGGCUAAAGAAAAAAACAAACGGACAUGCAUAAUUAGUGUUUUAAAAAUAGCACCGGGUCAUCCAAGAUCAACAGUGUGUUUCCAACAGCACGAUAAGCGUCAACAAAACCCCUUAACCACGUUCUCCCCCCCAUAUGCGUCCAAUUGAUAUGGUGCCCUUCAUACGGUACACACAGUAAACAACCCGAUCAACCGUUAUUAAUAACCAAAAAUUACAAAUGAAGUGCCAAACCACCGAUCCAAUGUGACAUGAAAUAAUAAGUCUCCCAGCUUGUUUUCGACCUACCCUAAGGCGUGGGAAAGGAACCUUUACACAUUUGCAUUGAUGGCGUAAUUGGUUUCGGUGUCUGUGGGAUUUUUUGUUGCUGCUCAUGAACGUACGACGACCUUUCUGCGGUUGCUAAUCUGGUGAUGGCUACAUGCCAGUAAGAUCCGGACCAUGGUCAUGUUCCCGCUCGAUGGUGAUGAAGAUAAUGCAUAGUGACGAUGAUGAUGAUGAUGUAACAAAACAAUAAUUACCGAAUUCUCUAGCAACGAGACUUAAUAAUGUAGAGUACAAGCUUAAUGAGCCAUAAUCACUUUCAUUCAUUUAUGCUGAACCUUUUACGUAUCAUUUAAUGGUAGAAAGAUUGCGCGUGCCCUACGGGGUGCUCUCACGGUGCAACAGUUAAAAUUUGAUCGUUACUUAUUGGACGAUGAUAGUAUCGUUACGUUUCCGUAGCAAAACAUUAAUCCUCGCAUUGGGGUGAGAAAAUAAGUCAGUAACCAGCCAAGAAUUUAAAUGUCCCUGUGAAAACGCAAGUUAACCUGAUAUAAAAGAGCAUUAAAAAAAAGCGAUAGUAGUUUACCUAAAUGAAACAUGAUCCCAAUCAACGAAAAAUGCUUAUGCGAAGGAUUUACAGUAGCAGUAGUACAGUACGGAAGUUGAACGUUGCAUUGCGAGUGUGAAUGCGGAUUGUUACCGUAUCACACCCUCACUCAGUGAUCCCUUGCAAAUGUGGAGGAUAAUUGUUGCUUUACAUUGGAAGUGAGAGCCUUCGAUCGGGUAUCGUUUACGUUUAUUGAUACAAUAUCUCUAUACAUAUACACCUAAUAUUGCAUACACCGUAUACAACAAAAGCGCAUUAUUGUAGAAAGUACAUAUUUGAAACAAAACUAGCAGAAGAGAAACAGAAAACAGAAAACAAAAUUGAAAGCACGAAACAAAACAAAACAAACAAAAAAAUGGAAAAAGUGCAUGGAAGAAAAAUGUGUUUAUUGAAACAUGAUGUUAUUUUGUUUUCUAUCGUUUUUUUAAAUGAAAUGAAUUACUAUAUACAUAUGAAUAAAGUUAAUCCAAAAUAA